CAGAAAGCUGGGCACCACUACUGAACCCAGAAAGCUGGGCACCACUACUGAACCCAGAAAGCUGGGCACCACUACUGAACCCAGAAAGCUGGGCACCACUACUGAACCCAGAAAGCUGGGUUCAGAAGAAUUAGACACAUGUACAACAUCUGAGUAUCCUUACCUGCAGACGUAUUACCAUCCAGUGGCUUUAUCAAUACAAAUUAAAGGACAUAAGGGAAAGACUGUAGAACUACAGACAAAAUACAAGAUUUUUUCUGAAUUUGGGGUUGAAGAUGAAACCAAAAGAAUCACACUUAAGUCAACAUGAAGAACUGAUACAAGAUUGUGUAAGAAGUGAUGCAAUGUCUGAAAUCCUUACUGCAGAAAAUUCAAGUGAAGAUGGAAAUGGUGGGGAAGAUUUUAUUGACAGUAAUGAGGAUUUAGUGUUUAAGAAAUACAUUCAGGAUGAAGAUAAGCCUACAAAAGAAGGAGAGGGAGUGUCUAAAUCAAAAGGCAUUAUUGAAGUUUUCAGCGACUAUUUGGAAAGUAUUUUUUCAACAGAAGAGGAACAUGAUGAAGAGAUUGAAGAGGAACUGACAGCCAUGUACUGGUUGCUUUGGAAGAUCUUGAAUUACACCCUGGGGGUGAUAGCUGUUGUGGUCAUCCUCACAAAGUAUCCGCAGUACUUAGAUAUUCUCCAUGAAAACCAACUGUGGUUUUCAAACAUUAAGGAGAUUGAAAGAGAGAUAUCCUUCCGAACAGAGCAGGGUCUGUACUAUUCGUAUUUUAAGGAAAUAAUAAAAGCCCCAUCAUGGAUUGAGGGGUGUAAUCAACUGAUGAAAGACAACAGUACAGAGCAUGGCCGCACCAUCAACAUAAUACACCGGUUCAAUAUUUUGCCAGAAAUUGUCCUCAGUGCUGCUUUCAGAUGGCUAUCAUCUCAAGAGUCUCCCAGUGUUUUUUAUGUAUCAAGUGUCUUUGGGCUACAUGGAGUGUUUAUUUCUGCUCUCUAUGUUACCGCUUGGUACCUUAGUGGCUCUGUCCUCGCUGGAAUGAUUACAGUAAUACUCUUUGUUAUUCACAGGAUUGAUACAACCAGAGUAAACUACACUGUGCCUCUGAGAGAGAGUUUUGCUAUUCCUUUUCUUUUUUUUCAAAUAUUUGUUAUGUGCACCUUCAUCAAAUCAGGCAGAUGUCAGAUUGUUAAGCUGGCAGUCAUCUUCAUAAUGAGUGUGGUGUUCCUUCAGAGCUGGCAGUUUGCUGCAUUUAUUUUACUGUGUCAGCUGUUUUGCUUGGUUUCCCUUGGGAGGCUACUUCUUCUGUCAGCAGCAAAGGUCAACAAGCUGGUGUUAGUGCUGGGAGCAUCACUGCUGGUUUCAUGUACUAUUCAAGCCAACCCUCCACUGGUUAUAUCUUCUCCAGCACUCUCCAUGGUGGUACCAGCCCUUAUCCUGAGUGCAACACACACCCCUGAUAGAACCAUGGGCUCAGUGAUCAGAAUGAUUAUUACAACAGCAGAGUUAUCUUUGCUGUUGUUUGUAACAGUGCUCAUCAAUGGCAGUAUUAAGAUAUUUUUAAAUAUAGAUGCAGAUUCUCAUGUGUAUCAACUCCUCUUUGCAAAACUACAAAUGGGAGAUCCACGAAAUUUUGAUUCCCGACUCUAUAUGUGCACUGAAGCGUUUGACUAUAUUGACAUUAAAACAUUAGAAAGACUAUGUGAUAGUGGACUUCUUCCAGUUUAUAGCAUUGCUGUUUUUGUGUAUUUAGUAUCAUGUGCAAAAUCUUUUAUAAUGAAAAUACCAGAGGAAUGCUUAGAAUGUCAUGCUGAGGAUUCCCCAGUAUGUAAAGGGGAUUUACAAAAGGUAUCAUCCACGGAUGAGGAGGAUAGCCAUUCAUCCCAUUUUAAAAACGGUGAAAAGCAGCGCAAAACCGAGAACUCUAAAUGUGAGAUGAAGAACUUGUUUGAAAACAUGUGUGAAACGGAACUUGAAAAGAAUUUUUCAGAAAAAGUUAUGAAAAAUAAAGCACAAAGUGAUUAUGUAUAUUGUUCAUGUAGAUGCAGCCAAGGCCAGUGUAUUAUUGAAGAAAGACCUGAGUUGGUUUUCUUCUUGGGUUUGUCUGUCAUGUGGAGUGUUUUGGCAGUUAUGAUUCUUCGUUUAAAAGUAAUAUGGUUGCCAACAGUAUGUGUACUGACUGGGGUUUUUGUGGCAGACACAAGAAUUUAUAGUACAAUAACAGUGAUGUAUGGAAAGAUGUCAUCUUAUUUUCCGAGGUGGUUUCCUGGCUUCUGUAAGAUGCUUAUCUGCUGCUUUUACAUUGGUUUCAUUUGCCACAGGUAUUGGGGCAAGAUAUUAUCAGAAUUAUGGCCAGAAGAAGUGUAUGAGUUCUGGGACCCUGACACUGUUGAGCUGAUGGAGUGGAUUCAGUCUUCUACUCCUCCUGAAGCAGUGUUUGCAGGCUCCAUGCAGUUAUUAGCAGGAGUAAAGCUGUGCACGGGUAGACACAUAACUAAUCACCCACACUAUGAAGAUUCAUGGCUGAGACAACGCACACACCAGAUUUACCAGAUAUACGGUAAGGAAACUCCAGAAGUCGUAUAUGCUGCUUUAAAGAGUGCUGGAGCAACACACAUUAUCCUGGAGGACAGUAUUUGUUUUAUUCCUCCUGAUGAGCAGCACCCUCUUUGCAGACUAACAGAUAUUAUUGAUCUUCAUAAUGGGCAUAUGCCUGAAUAUGGAGGACAAGAUAUUCCAGGCUUAAUUGAGCCUCUGUAUGGAAGAUUUUGUGACAAGAUUCGUUACAAAAUAGCAGAAUACAAUCGCUUCUUCUCUCUAGUUUUAAGUAAUAAAACGUUCAGAGUGUACAGAGUUGCUGUCACUUAGCCAAAACGAGUAAAUACUUAUAAAUUUUCUAAGUUUACAGAUUAUUGUCCCAAAUUUAUACCAGUGUAAUAAUGUAUUGCUUGAAAAUAAAAGGUAUUACCAGUA